AUGACGAGGCCGGAGCUCUUCCCCGGCAACCCCGUGUUGAAUGCAGAGCAUCUUUGCAUGAAAGCCUCUCUUCAAUAUCAGAACCAACGCCGCCACAGCCUUCGCAUCAACAACGUCGCAGUGCGAAGGCAGCGACCAUUCGUUGUCAGUACUGCCAUGAAACCGUGCUCGUCCUCCAGGCCUCUGCGCACAUCUCGGCAGUAUCAACGCUACCUCUUUCGCGCAAAUAGUACCAUGGCUACCCAGCCUUUCGAUGGCCUAGCGCUUUUGAAAUGGCCAUAUUAUCAGCAAAACCCGUCAGCACACAAGGCUUGGAUGGCAGACUACUACUAUUUCAUGAUCCAAAUCUAUCCCAGACCAUUCGGAUACAUGCACAAAUCUAUCCUAUCUGGCUUGAAUCUGCCCUCAGCGUGGAUCAUCAACCACUCCAAACGUCUCCUAACCAUGAACCUCGCAGAAUCAUUCCACGACCGAUAUGUCAAGUCUGGCGACGAGACUAGAUAUUGGGUACCCAAACGAUCAGCCAGCAAAGAGACAGUGCCAAACAGGCUGGAUAGCACUGUUGCGGGCGUCAUUCGAUCAGGAGAGACGCCGUUAGAUUGUAUGGUCCGGAAGAUUGCACUCGAAGCCUCGAUUUCGAAGGAGUAUAUCAAAGACCACAUCCGAUCUUGCGGAACUGUCUCUUAUCAGAUGGCUAUUACGAGCAAAGGGUUGCCUGGCUGUCAACACAUUAUUUCGCAUCUCUAUGAGAUGGAAUUCAGUCCCCAUCUCGUUCCAGUGCCCGAUGAUGAAGUGGAGAAGUUCACGCUGAUGACGCUGGAUGAGGUUAAAAUGGCGCUGAUGGAAGGGGAGUUUGUGGCUAAUCGCGCUCUGGUUUGGUUGGCAUAUUUUAUCAGGCACGGAAUUAUGACACCGGAGAAUGAGCCAAACUUUUUGCAGAUAUGCGAAAGGCUUCAUAGAAAGCACGACCUAUUUGUUGUACCAUAA